CCCAGGGUUCUCGAUCAUCCCCUGAGGGUACCAAAGUACCUGACAGGCUGAGCUCUGAUGGGCUCGCUGCUGUUGACGCUUGGCCAGGGGUUAUCCGGGUUAAGCGAGAUCAUACGGACAAUGAAGCCUCUUGACUGGCUCACCUGCUCGGGACCGAACAUGGGUUGGCAGGGUCCGAUAAGGGAAGCGAUGCUUACCUCAGGUAACCUAGGGCACCUGUUGCUACCCAUACAGUACUGUAUUUCAACGAUGGUACACUUAUUAAGCGCUCACAAUUGGCCCCUCCGCACCAGAGACACCAACUAUACGCUCACCGGCCACACCAUGUCGUGAUUGAAUUGCUCAUUUGACCGUAUCACCUUGAUUGACAGGCACUAAGAUGAUUGUUUGGUAGAAUACUGUAGAGAAGCAGACAGUGUAGGACAAUUGAGCUUCUCCGGUGGCAACGGCUCUGGGCUGAGAUCUCUUCAAUGAUGCACGAGGGAUAUCGAUGCAUAAGUGUUCUCCUCCUUUCCUUCGUUCAAGACAAA